AUGACUGUCGCCCUCUCGCGAGCUCGUCUGGGUCUCUACAUCUUAGGACGACGGGAUGUUUUUGAGGCAUGCUAUGAAUUACGUCCAGCAUUCGAGCAGCUCUUCCAGCGACCAGACAAAUUGAUGCUGGUCACUGGUGAAAUGUGGCCAUCUCAGCGACUUAUCGCCUCAGAAAGCGGAGAGGUGCCGGGUCAAGCAUGUAUGGAGGGCGUUGAGCACCUGGGACAGUUCGUGUACCAGAUGACCAACACGAAGGUCAAGCAGCUCGAGGCUGAACAGAACCCAGGAGGUGCUGGCCUAAUGGCUAUUGAAGAGGCGCCUGCAGACGAGGCUGGUGAUCAGGAGGUUGGCGAGGGGGAUCCUGAUUCGGUGGCUGCGGAAACGGAGGGCUGA